CACAGUGAACCGGUCGGGCUACUAACUCAUACAUAUGCACAGUGAGAGAAGGGUAUCGAAUUUCGCAUCCCGCGUGUAUGGUUGAAGAGAGAGUCUCAUAAAGUUUAAGCAAAAGUCGAGAUGCUUUCGCAUAGCUGGACGUUCAUGUCAGAACGUAAAAUCCAACACAAAAGAUGAGAACGAUGAGAGUCGGGAGUGAAUUUAAACGUGAAUUUAAACGUCAAGGUUAUUAAAUUUCUCACGCCCUUUUUCACGAUGUCCACCACGAAGGCUCAAACUGCAAAAGACAAGGGUAACAUUUCCUUCAAAAACGGGGAUUUUCCGUCUGCUAUCGGACACUAUACACAAGCCAUCCUCGAGGAUCCUAAAGACUGGACAUUUCCUCUGAAUAGAGCUGCUGCUUAUCUCAAGCUAGGCAAGAAUGAAGAUGCGGAAAGAGAUUGUACAACAGUUCUAACGUUGAACACGUCCAAUGUCAAAGCCUUUUUUCGAAGAGCGCAAGCUAGAAGGGGUCUUGAAAAGCUUGCCGAAGCGCAGGAAGACCUAGAACAAGCUAUUUCUCUUGAUCCGUCCAACCAGUCAGUUAAGACCGAAUUGAGCGCAAUCAAGGAUCUUCUGUGGAAGAAAGCAGCUUCAGAGAUCGUUCAUCCGAUGAGAAGGCGCGUUCCGAUAAAAAUUAUAGAGUCGGCGAGCGACGAAACACAAAAGGCGACGGUCAGCGUUAAGGAUUCGAGGUCAAAGAUAUCCUCUUCAUCUACUCAUCCAUCCGAAAAAGUGAUCACGAAUCACGCAUCACCUUCUCACUCCAUUCCUACCGACCCUCUCGCUGCACCGAAAUCUCCAGAGGCCACGGCAACCAUUACACCAGUCCCACCUUCACCUCAAGAUUCCUUGAAACCCAAAUCCUCUUUCCAAGAAGCCAAACGUGCUCGGAACGAGAAAGAGGGAAACAUCAGUCGUGUAGGCGGAGGAAUAUUCCGUGCGUCAGGGAAGAAUACAAUAUUUACUCGGUCAACGACUGGUGGCGAUAAAAAUGAGCAAGAUGCAAAUCCAAAAGACACAAAAGAUGCCGAAGGUAGUCCCGCACCUGCCUGGGGCGCUGACGUACAUCUGGGCACUGCGACUACUACAUUGUUCGAAUUCACGAGAGGAUGGAGUCGUUUAUCUGGUUCGUCCGUCGAAGAGAAGUUUCGGUAUAUCAUGACGGUUGCCCCCUCUUCCUUCCCAAAUAUGAUUCAAAACUCGCUUGAGCCACCGUUGCUCACUGGGAUGUUCAGGACGUUUCAUGAGGCGUUGGAUGAGCUUCGUGCCUCUUCCUCCUCUCCUUCUCCAUCAACCUCUACAUCAUCAUCACCGUCUUCGUCGUCGGAAUUAGCCUCGCCCGCUUACUUGAAUAUAUCCUCACUCAUCGCCGCCGUGCUCCGUGCAUUCCUCAAUGUGCGUCGAAUCCGGAUCGUGGUGAUGUUUUUGAGUCCUGGAGAGAGGAAGAUGAUGGGCGGAGUUGCCGAAGAUGUUUUCAGGCAUUUUGAUGAGGGGGCAAUGGAGGGAAGAACGCUAGGGGCGCAAGGAGAAGAUGUCGCGGAAGAGAAUAGGAAAGCGUUGGUAGCUUGGAGGAGUAUGCUCAAGUGAAGGGCAUUGAUUUAUAUCUCAAGUACACAUGUCAGUCCUUUAAUUUAUGCUCAGGAAGAGCGGAAGAUCUGGCAAAAUUUUGCUUGAACAUUGUGCCCACUCUUCGAUUCUAAUGCACCCUGGACCUGACCUGAUUCUUUUGCUCCAUGGUUAACAA